ACUCCACCAGCGCAUAAUCCAGCAUCCUUCACGGUUUCCCAUACCGGGUUCCAACUUCUUUCUCGGCCUAACGCGGGAGUUGGCCAGAGGCGACGGUUGUGCACACCACACGCUUGUAUUGAAGUAGAAUAUAUUACCACUUGGCUGUUCUUGACCUUGUGCGGCCAUCCACCCGACAGAGUGGUAGCGCUACAAUGCCACUUCGACCCUUUGCCUCAGACAAGGCAACUCCAAUGCCGCGCACGCGGCCGCUAUAUACCAGCUCAAGAUUGUCCCCCACUACCGGAAAACAUACCCAGAACCACUGUUUUCUUUCUUCUGCGCUUCUAUUUCCGUCUCUUUCUGACGUACUACCCGACGCCCUACAGCGGGUACUGUUUGGUCGGAGAGACUGCACAAAGCCCCCUUUCCAUGGCCAUGACGAAGGGCGUCAUGGAGGUCCGUGAGGCGGUUGUGAUAAUUAAGGACCUCGAGAUGCGAGGCAAGCACCGCCGCGGUCCCGAUCAGAAGGCGGUAUCGUUGGUAGUGGCUUUGGGUCUGGUUGUGGCAGAUCCAUCAAAAGCAUAUGUAGAGACGCUUAAUCAAAGGUUUUGGCAAAUUCAGAUUCAUGAGAGCGAACAUAUUGGCGAGAGAGAUGGGUAG